CUAGUGACGUCAACUAGAAAGGCGACGAUCACGGGAAGUGGGAAGUUAGUGAGUUUUUCACAGAGAACUUUGUGGAUAGAUGUCUUUAUCUUACCAACGUACUACUUAAAAAACUCUCAGUGACAGUAUGUCUAACGAAGAGAAAGCAAUCGAGCUUAUUACUCAGGCUGAGAAGAAAGUGAAAUCGUCACAGGGUUUUUUGGGUGGAUUAUUUGGGUAAGUUUUAGUGAGUAACUGCCGAAUUCAGUUGCAUCUAGACACAUAAUUUGACGAUCUCAGGUAGAGAUUUGAAGUUACAUGUCAGCUGAACGAACGAGAUUUUUCUCGGUUGCGUUAGGGGUACUUCAAAGCUCGAAGACGCCACGGAGAUGUAUAUUAGCGCUGGCAACAUGUUUAAAAUGGCACAAAAAUGGAGUGGUAUGUAUCUUGCCAGUUAAUCAAAUGAUUGAUACAACUGUUACAGUUAAUGAACGUAGCUGAAUAGAAUUGAUUGUAGAUUUUUUGAAUGUAUACCACGAGUGACAGUAUAUUUAGUCAACCUACACCACCAAGGGUGUGUAGUUAUCCCUCCCCUCCCAUGAUCUGAAUAAUAAGGGGGUGGGAUGAAGGCAUUGCAUGCUCUGUACAAAGCCUCAGUCAACAGUCAAUUGCUCGUGAGAGUGGAUGGAAAGUCCAUUUAUGGGGGCUUUUUUUCAACAGACGCUUGCAUGGUAUGGUAUGGUUUGUGAAUGUUUUGGUGGAGUUGUCAAGUGGCUGAUGGAACAUAAUGACAGUCACUGUCUAACAGUUAGAGUUAGUUGACCAUCAUUUCACUUUCUGUCCUCCAUUGCCAGCCCAUCACCUUAAUAGCUGAAUUACAAAAAUAUGUUAAAAACAGAAAUUAACUAAUAAAGUAGAAGGGAAAGAGACAGUAUUGAAUAACAACAAGGAAAACCAUUACAUUGACCUAAUUUAAAAUAUUAAAGGUACAGUUACUGUUUAUAAAAUAGUCAGGAAAGAUCAGGAGAAGUAUUUUACUUUUUGUAUAAUUUCAGAUGAAUCUAUAUAAGAGUCUUGUGAACCUAAUAUGUUGAAUAAAAUUUGUUUGAGUUUUCUUUUAAAUGCAUUUUUGGAAAGAUUUCUUAAUGCUUGAGGUAUUGCAUUCCACACUUUUACUCCUAUUUGAGAGAAGGAAUUCACUUGAAUAGAUAGCCUAGAAGGUUUGGUAUAGAAGUCAUUAGAGGCAGAAGAACGUGUAUUGUAAGAAUGAACAUUAGAUAUAUCUUGAAAUAGAUCUUGAAUAUUAGAUGGGGCUGUUCUGUUUCAAACGUCAAACAUCAAAUUAGCUAUAGAUUCAUAAUAAACAAAUUUUAGCUGUAAGAUGUGAGUGUCAACAAAUAAAGGAAUUGCAUGCUCAUUAUGAUCAGAAAAGUAGAUAAAGCAAAGAGCUCAUUUCUGUAACUUUAGGAGCUUGUCAAGGUAAGAUUUACAAGCCUGACCCCGUACUGUCAGACUGUAUGUUAAGUAAGGAACUAUAAGAGCUUGGUAUAUAUUUAAGAAGGUAUGUGCUGGCAGGUAGUAUUGUAAUUUUACGAUUAAUCCUACGGUUCUUCUUACUUUAAUGAUUAUAUGGUCAAUAUGGUGUUUCCAAAACAAAUUUUUAUCAAUUAAAAUCCCGAGAUAUUUGUCAUAAUCUUUAUGCUCCAGAGCCACCUUCUUGUUGUGUUUGUUAUCAAAUAUCACGAUUUAAGGUUGAUAAGAAAGUUUCCUUUGGGCAGGGCAAAUUACUUUUUUUAAUAUUCAAGGUCAAUUUGUUUGCAGUUAACCAAUCAUAUACUUUGUUAAGUUCUUGAUUUACAUAGAGUUCCAACGAUUUCAGAUUUUUAUCAGUAAAAAGGAUAUUUAUAUCCUCUAAAAAAAGGUAAAAACUAAGCUUAUCUGAUGAUUCCUGUAUGUCAUUGAUAUAUAACAAAAAAAGCUGUGGGCCUAGAACAGAACCCUGAGGCACUCCUCAGGUAGAAUCUAACCUUUCAGAAAUAUGAGGACGAAUUUGAGUUGUUUGAGUUUUCCCUUGCAAGUAGGAAGAAAACCAGAUAUUUAUAAUGCUGCGAAAACCAUAGGGAUCUAACUUGUGCAAAAGAAUUUUGUGAUCUACAAUAUCAAAAGCCUUUUUCAGAUCAAUGAAAAUCCUGCAUGAGAAUAAACAGUUGUUCAUAUUUGUCUGUAUUGCAUUCACAAAAUCUAGGAUUGCAUGCUGAGUAGAAUGUGCCUUGCAAAAGCCAUAUUGGGAUGGAGUGAGCAGGUUCUUCUGUUCAAUAAAAGACUCCAUUCUUUUAAACACUAUUUUUUCAAAUAUCCUGUUGAAAUUAAAGAAGUAGAACAAUCGGCCUAUAAUUGUUAAUGUCAGUAUUAUCAUCUUGUUUGAAAAUCGGAAUAAUCUUUGCCAUUGCUCAGAGGGAUAAACUCCAGUUGAAAUAGAUGUAUUUAGAAUAUUCACCAGAAUGCCACUUAUAAGAUUUGAAGAGCACUUUAAUAUCUGUGUCGGACACAAGUAUAAGCCAUGAGAUUUAUUAUUUGGUAUGUAAGAAAUUUCUAGUCUAAAUUCCUCUGGAGUAACUAGGUUAACAGCGAACGACGAAUCAGUUGAUUUGGUUCUCUUAAGAAAGAAACAAAUUUUUCAAUCAGCCGUUGACCAUUUUAUUGACCAAUAUACAUGGAACAAGCCUUCUCUUUAACUUAAAGUAUGUUGAUGUAGGGAAGGAUUUGAUGUCCUCUAUAGCUAGUACUUGACAAAGGUGUGCUCUGCUUCUGAAUUACACAACUUUUCAAAACUAUUUAGAAUUAUUGUUUUUGUUUUUGCUUUUUAAACUAAACAGCUGCUGGGAAAGCAUUUAUGGAGGCAGCCAAACUACAAAUCAAUUUACAGUCCAAACAUGAGGCAGGUCAGCGUUAUGUUGAUGCUGGGAACUGUUUUAAGAAAACAGAUGUAGAAGGUAUGAUCUUUGAACUGUUUGAUAAAUUUUGUGGUUAACUUGGAAUAUACACUGGUUUAAAUUACAGGAUGGUCAUUUGGCAUUGUAGAUUAGGCAAUUAUCUGGCCACUAAGAAGAAUUUCUCUAGCUAGAGUUUGAUGACCUGAGCUUCCUUCCACCAUGGAGAACAUAAUUCUUAUACUCUACACUAAUUCCAUGCAAACACGUUUCUAAAUGAAAAUGAUGGACACUGUCAGCAAAAUUAAGAAUAUUCACUAAAAGAAGUCUGUGUUUGGAAUAAUAUAAAAUUUCAUAUUCUGUGUAACAAGAAUUCUAGAAAUUUCCUUAAGUAGCUGAGAGAUGGGCCAAAAAUUGGCUUGCUAAUCACCUGGACUAAAUUAUAUUUAAAGAAAAAAAUAUCCUACUUACAAAAGAAGGCAUAAAAUGUGUAGUAUUGAGUUUUGGGUGCACACACUUGUACAAAGGUUGUAAGAACACUCCUUUAUUGGAGGGAUAUAUGCUGAGUGGAUGGUUCUCAAGGGAGGUUGUCACUGGAUAUCAAGUAGAGUUUGAUCUCUAAUCUGAUUGUUUUACUUACUGUUUUUUUGCAGAGGCUGUGAGAGCUUUUGAAAUGGCCAUCAACAUUUAUACUGACAUGGUAAAAUCUUUUCAUUCAAUUCUUUAUUCUAUUUAAACCUUUGGUUAACUUGUAAAUUGCAGGGAAGGUACAUUCAAAAUGCCUCAAACAUGUUUGCUGCUGUUCAUUACAUCUCAAACCCUUAAGAGACAAGUAUGAUUUAUUCAUUAGGGGACUCAAAGACAUGUUUUCCUUUUAUAUGAAUGACCAACUCUAUCCAUUUUUUCAUUGGUAUGACUGAGGGCAGUGUGAAAGAAAACCCCAAGUUGGAUGUUAAACUUUAGAGUGUAGAUGAUUUUGAGGGGCACUGUUUAAGUAUAUGGUCAACCUUCACUCACAUGUUUCAUUCUUUUAUUACAUUUUGUAUUGUUUUUAUAUGUUUCCUCAAUAAGGGUCGUUUUACAAUGGCUGCAAAACACCACAUAACAGUAGCUGAGAUGUAUGAGAGCAAUGCUGUUGACUUGGAAAAGGUAACAAACAGCAAAAUACUCUUCUUGUAAGUGACAUGCUGUCUGAUAAGCAAGGAUGAAAAACCUCUCGCAUCAAACAUCCAUCAGCCUUCUUUGAUUGGAUUUGUAUAUUUCCAGGAACUAGUGCAUUGGCCACCAUGGAAAUUUGGAACUGAAUAGCACACUGAAAUCAUACAAGGAUUUUAAAAUUAGUUUAUGUCAGUAGAAGUAUCACAAUAGCCUUGUUCUUGAUGGGUCAAAGGCAUGUCACUUUUUAUAUUUUAUUUUUUAGGCUAUAUUCCACUAUGAGCAAGCUGCACAGUAUUACAGAGGUGAAGAAUCAACCAGGUGAAACCACUAUUCCUUCUUUUAAUACUUUGUAAAAGUUAACUUACAUGAGGAAUUCUUAAUUAAAACUAAUUUAUAACAUAAGAAGAACCAAGAGACUUCUUUUUCUUGUGACUCGGAGAAGGAAUAGUGACCAUGUUCAGUGUGCUGUGAGUGAUCCAUCAUAAACUUAGGAACUGGGAAUCAUUUCUUUUAGGUCUUGUGUGGGUUUCUUCCAGAGCACUCUUACCAUAUUUAUUUCAUUAAACCCAGAAGUGUUUAUUAAAUUUUUGGUGGUUCGAAUGUGGCAUUUAUUAUUUAUUUAAAAUCCAAACAAUACUAUGGUAACUGAUCAUUUUAAUUUAAGAAAAUACAAACAUGUUUUAGUGCUUUUCUUAAAAGUCAUUUUUAUAUUGUUUUCAAUUUUACAAUUUGCGUGUAAAUACUACUGCAAUACAUAAAGUGAAUAAAGAUCUUAUGUCAGAUAUCUUUUCUCGACAUCAGAACUGGUACAUUAAAAAGGAUUUGUGUCUGGUUCACUCUAAAUUUCCAACUGUGAUCAAAGCAAUGAUUGCUGUGUGCUUCUUGAGUCUAUUAAUUGAAUAAACACCUCAUGAUGAUGUGCCAUUUAUUCAAGGGCAGUGUUUAUUAAUAUUUCUGCUCUAAAAUGCAGUGUUUAUUCUUGGGUGGUAUUUAAUCAAAUAAAUAUGGUAUUCAGUGCAUGUUUGAGAGUAGCAUUUUACCAAUAAAAACAAACAUUUUCUUGUGGAUAAAGGAGACUAAAGGGGAACUAACCAAGAACCUAAAGUUAAUAAAUGGACUCACAAAAUUACAAUAUCAUUUUACAGUCUUUUCAUUUUUUCUUUUUCUUCUCUUAUCUCAGUUGUUACUUUCUAUCAUCUUCAGCUCAGCAAACAAGUGCUUACUGAAAGUUGCAACAUUUUCAGCCCAGACGGAGGAAUAUGGAAAGGCUAUUGAGAUUUAUGAACAGGUUUGCAUUUUGACAAGUACCUGACUGUAUACCAGCAAUUUGGAAAUUAUGUGCAUCAAAAGUUUUCAUUAGGCCUUAUAAACCAAAUUGUACAAUUUGAAAAUUAAUUUACCAGAUCUAUACUCAAACUCUAAGAUUUCGGUAUAGUUUGUUUAUCUGUUGAGUGUUGAUGGUACAAUUAUAAAUUUGAUAAUCAAUACUUAAUAAUUCAAGAUAGUUUAAAUACUUUAUUAUUCAACGCUUCAUGGAACCUUUUUUGUUUUUUGAGAUUUGACAUUUCAGGAAUCAAUCUCAUCUCCUUUCCUGGCAUUCUCAGAAACUCUAUUUAUAUCCUAGCUAAAUAUACUUUCUAAUAGGAGUAAUUAUUUUCAAUUGAUAAAGGCUUUCAAAGAUAUGUUCAGCAAUGUAUGAAUCUUCGAAAAAAUUGUUGUAAACUUGAUUAGUUUUCAAACAAAAUUUUGAUGGUCUUAUAGACUGAAACUAUUUGACUUGCAAACUAUAUUCUAGAUGAAAAAUACAUGAGAACCUUGUUGUCUGUCUUAAAGGCAAUCUGAUAUGAUCUUUCAGGUUGCCGCUGAUGCCAUUGAAAGUUCACUGCUGAAAUAUAGUGCCAAAGAGUACUUCUUUAAGGCAGCUCUGUGUCAAAUGUGUAUUGAUGUUGUGGAGGCUCAGAGGGCAGUGGGAAAAUACUGCAAUAUGUACCCAGCAUUUGAGGACACAAGAGAAUGUAAACUGUUGAAGGUAAUUAUUUAUCAACUGAUUUUCUGAUACAUCCUGAAUCAUUAAAUCAAGCUAAAUAACAUUCUAUGUAUGUGAAGUUCAUUGGUUUCAUUAUGGUACUUAAAUGUUUUCUUUUAAUGUUCAGAAUCUCCUUGUUGCCCAAGAAGAGCAAAAUGCAGAGUCCUUCACUGAAGCUGUGAGUUGCUCAGUUUAUGUAAAUUAUGUAAACCAAAUACCUGAUACAUAAUCAGAAAUUGAUUCAUUGAGCAGGAGUCUGUAAAGGAAGGGUAUUUUUUGCAUAGCAUGCACUUAGGGUAUUUUUGUGAAAAAUUUGGCUCCCAUCUUGAAUUUUAAAGCAUGGUAAGUUUGGAGAAGGGAGUGUUUGGUAGUCUAGAUAAACUGGAGUGGGGGGGGGGGUGAGAAGGUCCUGUCCCUCCUCUCUGUGUCCUCUCUAACCCUAAAUCAAACAUGGCAAUGCUGAGAAUUAUUACCAGCCAGUAUCCAUCAACUUCCCCAGUUAUACACCUGUACUAAUAUCAUGAUUUUUGUCCCUUCCUCUCUCCUGGACAGGUCAAGGAAUAUGAUAGUAUAUCAAGAAUAGAUCAGUGGCUGACUACAAUGCUUUUACGAAUCAAAAAAGGAAUGAAUGAGGAGCCAGAUCUCACUUAAAGUAGCAUUUCCUUAACUUAUUUAGAUUUCUUACACAAGGAAACUGUAACAAAUAGGGAUACAUAACAUCUGAAAAUCACAUGGAAGGGUACAAUAAUAAUUGUUGCCAUAUGAAAGCAAGAAUAACUUGAAAGAGCUCUAUUUUCUCUAUUCAAACUCUCCUCUCCUACAUCAUGAAUAUUAUUAUAAAAUAACAGCGACACAGUUUGUUGUGCUUCACAUAAAAUUAUUACAAAUACAGCCUGCAUAGUUGAUUUUGUAUACAAACCCAGUUUACCAGACUGUUUAGUAUUAAUGUGCCUUUGUGUGGAAGGUCUUUUUGUUUUGUAGUUGACAUAAAUUGUGUUCAAAAUGUAGUUCUCCCUAAAAUAAUUCUUGGACAUAAAGAUUACUCAUGCUAUCCUUAAAUCUACACUAAUUGCAGCAAUAACCCUACAAGUUGUUGUGAGUAAAUUGCUGGUGGUCUUACUCUCCUUUUAGAAGGGAGGGGAUGGUGGGGCUCAAAGAGUUGCAACCCUGGAGUAAAUUGGUCCUUAAAAUAUUUCUCACCAAUCCAAAAAAUUAUAAGUGUUCUUCCUUUUAAGCUUUGAUGGUGCUAAAUUGAAGUCCAGUAGAAAAAAGGAAACUUCAAUAUUCUCCUUGUCUUCAGCACCCCAACACUGAGGGAAUUUUUUUAUUGUAAUGUAAGUUAACAUUGGAGGUGAAAUGGGGGAUGAAAGAGUUUCUCAAGGCAAAACCUGAAGCAGUAAUAAUAAAAAGAUCGAGCGUUA